AUGGCCUUGUGGAUCCGUCUGGCAGACAACGCCAUUUUGGGCUCCCACUCCAGGCCCUCAGGGCCCUCAAGGCAGACAUCCGACCCCACAAGCAGCAGAGACCACAACGGCCGGAAAACGAGCCCUGCAAACCGGGCGUACACAACCACUCCAACAAGCCUUGGAGCAGGGACAAGAAACAGCCCCCACACACCAGCAGCUCACCUAACCCACGACUCGCGGAACAGAGUGCCACUAAUUCACUCCUCAAGGCACAAGCUGGGCAGCAUACCACUACACAGGAGGCAGCCUUAUGGACACACGUUGGAAACAAAAUUAAGCCAGAGGACAUCACUGAGUGGGACUCAUCCACAACCUUAA